UGUCAUCCCGAUGGCCAGUGACGAGCCGAAAGAAAAGCCUCCCGUCUCUCCAAGACGCACAACGCCACUCAUUACAGCCGUGCGCAACAAGGACUCACUCGAAGUCGAACUCCUCCUGCAGACGGGCUCGGAUCCGAACGAGAACGCCGUCGGCGACGCCACGACGCCGCCUCUGCGCAAUUCGACGUACCUCAACGGUCCAUUGCAUUGGGCAUGUCGAUGCAAAGAGGUCAACAUUGCAAGGAUCCUGCUCGACCAUGGAGCAUCUGUUUUCAUGGAGGGCGAGAAUGGGCAGAAUCCGUUGCAUAUCGCGCACUCGUGUGCCGACCUGAUGAAGCUUCUGCUGGAGAGAGGGGCGAGCGUGUUUGCUGAGGACUCUGAGAAGAGGACGCCACUGCUGAUCGCGUCGGCUAUUGGAACUUCAGAGACUAUGAAGUUGUUGAUCGACGCUGGAGCUCUAAUACAAUGUGCAAAUUCGCAAGGUCGUACCCCUCUCCAUUAUGCCCAAGAUUCACUUGAAAAAUGCAAGCUCUUACUAGACAACAGUGCAACACUGGAAGCCACUGAUGAGAGUGGCAAAACGCCAUUGUUCUAUGUGAAGAGACUCGACGUUGCACACGCAUUAGUUGAUGCAGGGGCCAAGUUAGAUGUUACUGACAAAAAGGGAAACCAAGUUUUGCACUACGUGUUGAAGAAGUGCAAAUCUGAUGGGAAAAGUGCUAUUGUCAGUUUGUUGAUAGAGAAAGGAGCGCCUGUCAAUGCGGCCAACAAGGAUGGUGAGACUCCUCUCUACAUUGCCUGCGCUGAAGGCGACGGUUUCAUUGGUCCAGUAGAAAUGUUGGUUAAGAAAGGAGCUAAUGUCAAUGCCAAGCCAACAGGUGGAGUGUCAGCCUUUAUGAAGGCAUUGGCUCAGGGAUACAACAAGGUGGCACUGAUUUUGGUGAAGAAUGGAGCUUCGGUACAAGAUCAAGAUGAGAAUGGAAACACUGGGUAUCACUACUGUGCAAAAUCUGGCUCGGUUAACCUCAUGGUUACUUUGUUUCGGACUAAAACCCACGACAAAAUCAAUGCACAAAACAAUGAUGGUGAAACGGCCCUGCAUUGGGCUGUAGCAAGCAAGUCUGUCAAUGUCAUCUCUUUUCUUCUCGCCAAUGGUGCUGUGUCAGCAAUCAAAGAUAAUAAAGGCAAACAUGCCUUGGACAUUGCCAAAGAAUCUGGCAAUCAAACGAUCAUUCGUAUUGUUGAGUUGCAUCAUAAAGAAGAUGAGCAGCCACCUUUGGUCAUGAUGGCCAAGGAGGACGCCCCAGAAGGAGAUCCAUCCCACCUUGUAUUCAACGAAGGUGAUCUUAUUCAAGUGUUAUCAAAACCUUAUGAGGAGUGGUGGAAGGGAGCACUCGUGUCGAAGCCUGAAAAGACGGGACUUUUCUGUUCCUUGAUGGUUGAUGAUCAGCCGCUAGAUGCAGACGAAGCUCGAGCAGCGAUUGCGGCCGGGGGCAGGGCAUCAUACCAGCUACCAGCAGGCGACUGUGCAAGUGCUGUAGAUGAGCUGGAACAAUCGGCUCGAAUAGAAUUGGGCGCUGCAAGUGUGCCACAGCUGAGCAGUGCAGAGAAGACGGUGCAGCUGGAACAUCCGGAUAUCGGAGACGACGUACGAAAAGUGGCAGCCACACUCAAAGUGGCGCUCGCCAAAAAAGCUCAAGACUGGGAUAGCAGUCCGCCUCCUGAUGCUCUGCAAGUUAUCAUCGCUGCCGCUCUAGCAAAUGUACAAAUUGAGAUUGACAUCCUCGAAUUUGACUUUGAAGCCGAUGACAAAAAGCAACAACUAGAAGAACACAAAGAUCAGAUCGACGAGUGGAAGAGUCAAUGUGCAAAGUUCUCACAAGUCAAUGCAUUCUCCACACGCCUUCUACUCAAACUAGCAGAACUCGUUCUGGCCUUUAAGGUUGCUCAUUUGUCUCUCGAGAGCAAGUCGGCUGACUGUUGGGCAAAGGCGUGUGCAUGCAUCCAACUGAUGGGGCAAACUUAUUCCAUCCCAGGGACUGCAUUUUUAGGAGGUUUCAAUGUGUCAGACAAACAGCAGCAACAGCUGAAAAAGGUGAAUGCCGUCUUUUCAUCCAUCACCACCAUCGGAAACACAGCAGCAUCACUAGCUCAUGCCCUAGUAGAACGCUAUGAGAUACAACUACAACAGCUUCAAUCGACUGGAGCAUGUUCUCUGGCUGAUGGUGUUGUGUUGCUUAUCCGAGAGUAUCUGCAAGAUGACUGUCCUCCGAAUCCGGAUCUUGACACGAUAGUACCAUCAUUAGUAAAUGCCGUCAUCUUCGCCAAGCGAUCCUCCUCCAUCACACGUCUUCUCAAACAAAACGGCAUCGCCUGUGUCCCAUCCCCAUCAUUCGGCAAAUGCCACUCAGAGUGGAACAUCGACGGCAUCCUUCGAAAAACCGGCAUCCUAACACAACAGGGCAGAAAAUACAUCGGCCUCUUCACUCGAGCUGAUCUCUAUGGUUACCGACAUGGAACCGUAUACGAAGCAGAUGCGUUGUCGAUGGCAAGACAAGGAGAAGAAAAGACAAUCGGACCAAGACGUAAGCGUAUUGUGAGUCUGUCUGCUAUCCCGGCCGCCCCUCCAGCUCCAUUCAUCGAUGCAGCACCAGGAUCAAAGCCUCGUGCAUCACCCAAAUCUCUCAUUCCACAAUCGGGAUCCUACUGGCUACGAAAACAGGCCGAACUAGCCGACCGCCUCUUGGCACUGCAAGUGAAAGACACAAUGAUGUGAACAUGAAAAUGAUUUUUGUUACAACUAUUUUGUUUCAUGCACUACAUUUUAGCCUACGCGAGCAACGAGCCCACGUUAAACAGUUUCGCAAUAUGAGAA